GCCUUUUGGACUUAUUUAGUGCUUGCAAGACGAUGCGGUUAUGCGUUUGCUUGUGCGUGCUUGUGCUGCUCAGUGAUUUGUGCAAUGCUCAAUUUAAUUUUACACCCAGCUUUAGAUAUGAAUACACCACGCCUUCACCCGUGCCGUUCCCAACUUGUCGAGCCGACAACAUCGACUGCCUCCGCCGCGGGCUGCGCACGUUCUUCUUCCUCAUGGACUCCGGCCAUCUUGGAAUGACGCCUGUCGACCCCAUGGUGGUGAACAGCGUGGCUAUUUCCCUACCGGACCAAAAUUUGUCUAUACUGAUGCGACGAGUCAACGUUACUGGCGCUAGGUGGACUAGACUCGUAGAUAGGAAAUUCAACCUAGAAGGUGGAAGAAGUGGUGUUAGGUUUAGCAGUGAUCUACAUUUGACGGGCGAAAUGAAUAUGAAAAUCCACUCAGACUCACGACCGCACUCAGGAGUAUUCACUAUGGAUAUAUCCAAUGUCGAGAGCAACAUCACUUACCCAUGGUCCGGUGAGCGAGACGCUAAUUUUAACGACUACAUAUUGAUUGGUAAAGAGACCAUAGCUGUUAGGAACACCAGGAUUCCGACAUUCUUCAUGCACCAAGAUGCGAGCACCGAUUUGGAUAUGACCUUGACGUUAAGUCAGCAAUCAGUUUUGGAUCACCUUGCUAAUGAAGUGACCUCCGCUGUGAUGCACUCUGUUAUGGAUAAUUUCAGAUUAUUUGCUAGAAAAGUACCUGUGAAAUAUUACUACGGAUACUUCAAAUAAAUGCUGAACUAUGCAC